CUAUCUAAAGCCACUGUAAUUGAUUAGCAACAAACAACAGUUGAAAAUGGUGGUGGCUCAAUUUAGCGGAGGCGGAAGGGGUGGCGGGUGGAAGGAGAUGAGGGGGUUCGGCCUCCAGGUGAUAAUUGGGCGGUGGUUCAUGGUUUUCGCUUCCCUACUAAUCAUGGCGGUGGCAGGAGCAACAUAUAUGUUUAGUUUAUACUCCAAUGACAUCAAAAAGUCAUUGGGGUAUGACCAAACUACCCUCAAUUUGCUCAGCUUCUUCAAGGACCUUGGUGCAAAUGUGGGGGUCAUUUCGGGACUCAUAAAUGAAGUCACACCGCCAUGGGUGGUUCUCUCCAUUGGAGCAAUCAUGAAUUUCUUCGGCUAUUUCAUGAUGUGGCUUGCCGUUACUGGCCGUAUUGCGAAACCGCCGGUAUGGCAGAUGUGUCUGUACAUAAGUAUUGGUGCCAAUUCUCAAUCCUUCGCCAACACGGGGGCGCUCGUCACCUGUGUCAAGAACUUCCCAGAAAGCAGAGGAAGCGUUUUGGGGCUUUUAAAGGGUUACGUCGGCCUCAGCGGCGCAAUCAUGACCCAAAUCUACCAUGCUUUCUACGGAGACAACCCCGAAGCCUUAAUCUUGCUCAUAGCUUGGCUACCGGCAGUAGUUUCCUUUAUUUUCCUCCGGACAGUUCGGAGUAUUAAGAUCGUUCGUCAGGCGAAUGAGCUCAAAGUUUUCUAUCACCUCCUUUACAUCUCUCUUGGCCUCGCUGGAUUCUUAAUGGCACUGAUUAUAGUUCAGAAUAGACUGAAUUUUACUCGGAUUGAGUACUUCGGAAGUGCUUCCGUUGUUACCCUCCUGCUGUUUAUACCGCUUGGUAUCGUCAUAAGAGAAGAAUUCAAUCUCAUGAAAAUCAAAAGAAAAUCCCUGGAUGAUCUUCCUCAGCUCAAUGUAGUCACUGAAAAUCCACUGGAGUUAGUGACGGCGCCAGAGGACCCACCACCACAAACAGAGAAGCACGUUUCUUGCAUGGAAAACGUUUUUAAGCCGCCAGACAGGGGAGAGGAUUACACAAUAUUACAAGCCCUUUUCAGCAUCGAUAUGUUGAUUCUCUUUGUUGCAACUACCUGUGGCGUCGGAGGGACACUUACUGCCAUCGAUAAUUUGGGUCAGAUCGGAGCAUCUCUAGGCUACCCGAGUCGAGCCACCACAACCUUUGUCUCCCUUGUCAGCAUAUGGAACUACCUGGGACGAGUAGUUUCCGGAUUCGCCUCCGAAGUCCUUUUAAGAAAGUACAAAAUCCCUCGCCCCCUGCUCCUCACCAUCGUCCUCCUCCUCUCCUGCGUUGGUCACAUCCUAAUUGCAUUUGCAGUCCCAAAUUCUCUUUACUUCGCAUCUGUAAUCAUUGGAUUCUGCUUUGGAGCGCAGUGGCCGUUAAUGUUUGCCAUCAUUUCCGAAAUCUUUGGCCUCAAGUACUACUCUACUCUGUACAAUUUCGGCGCUGUUGCCAGUCCGGUCGGUUCUUACAUUCUAAACGUGAUGGUAACCGGUAAAUUAUACGACAAAGAAGCUCGGAAGCAACUGGAAGCUUCAGGACGUUCGAGGGAAGAAGGGGAGGACUUGUCGUGCACCGGCGUGCACUGUUAUAGAAUGGCGUUUAUUAUUAUCACGGCAGCCACUUUUUUCGGCUGCAUUGUUUCUUUGAUUUUGGUGUUCCGGACCAGGAAAUUUUACAAAGGUGAUAUCUACAAGAAAUUUAGGGAAGAAGCUAAGGCAGCAGAAAUCGGCAUGACUUCUGCAGAAAAUGGUAGGGACGACAAGAGACCCCCGGCUGAAGAAGUUGAACAUAGAGCUACCACAGCCACCGUCGCCGCCACAACCACCACUACCGACUGAUGGAAUUGAGUAGCUAUAAGUUGCAUUCGCUUGGAGCGGUUUAUUGAUACGGUGAUACGCAAAACAGAGAAAAAGCAAGUGUGUUUUAUUUAAGUUAUACCUAUAUAAAAUGGCAAAAUACUAACUAUAAAUAAUACAAUUUUUA